AUGAGUGUGACUAGCGAUGCUGUUGCGCAGGAUACUUCCUUCGCUACCGAUACAUCGAUACCAAAGGUUUCAACGACAGUCCCAAAACAAGCAUCGAAAUGGAAUUCGAAAGAUUUAGGUCGUCGAUUGGGUGUCGAUCUCGUCAGUGCUGCCUCAGCUGGCGCACUAACAUGUCCUAUCAUCACGAUUAUUGAUCGCGCUAUCAUUGAAAAAGCCUCAAAAGGCUUCCCAAUCCAACAAACAAUCACCAACAGCCUCCGAUCAAUGGUCGCCAGGCCAGGCGCAUUCUUCCUAGGCACACCAUUUCUCCUCAUAUACACACUCUACACCUCAACCUACCUCACAGCUAACGUAAUCGACACUGCAACCUCCACCCUUCGCAACCAGUCUUACUCAAGUGUAUUCGCCGGCCCAGCAAAGUUCAUCUCAACAACAGCCGUAAACAUGGCAAUCUGCGUCUACAAAGACGCGCGUUUUGCCCGAAUCUUCGGUGCAAAUUCCCCAGGCCAGACAGAUUCAAAUAUAUCCCAGAAACAGACAAGCCCUUCGUCUAGAACAACUCUCCGCCCUCCAAUGCCUCCUACACCUAGUAUUCCCCGAGUCUCGUACUCCCUCUUCUGUCUCCGUGAUAGCGUCACUAUCUUCGCCUCUUUCAACGUCCCGCCCCUCAUUGCACCCUUAAUACCAGACUUUGUCGCCGCAACCCCGGCUAUGAAGGCUGCCGUGGCUCAAUUCGCUUGUCCGGCUCUAAUGCAGUUCGUCAGCACGCCGAUGCAUCUACUAGGCUUGGAUCUGUAUAACCGACAACCACAGGGUGGUAUGCCGUGGGCGGAUCGCAUGUCGCGAAUCAGACGAGAUUAUAUAUCUAGCUCCUUUGCUAGAAUGGGGAAGAUCGUGCCUGCUUAUGGUAUUGGUGGUGUGGCGAAUGUGCGUGUGAGAGCUACACUGAUGCAUAAACUUGAGGGGAGGACCGAGUAA